GUAGCAGGGGCUACAGUGCAGGGGAGAGCCUUACAGACACCCCAGCUCCAGCCUCACUUGUGCCUGCCUCAGUCCUCCCAGCAUCAUGAGGGUCCUGGCUGUUCUGCUCCUUGUGGCCAUCUGCUCCCUGGCUGAGGCUGAUGUCAGAGUCUCCAGGAAUGCUGCACUUUUCCAGAAGGACGAAAGCAUACCCAUCUCCUGCUGCCUCGCCUACAUUUCACGCCCCAUUCCACCCUGGAUAAUCCGCUCUGCCUACAGGACCAGCAGCAGCUGCGUAACGCAAGCCGUGGUCCUGGUCACCAAGAACGGGAGGGAGGUGUGUGUGGACCCCACGGCUCGUUGGGUGCAGAAAUACCUGAAGCACUUGGAGCUUCUGGAGCACUGACUCUCUGCCGCUUCCCCCGGGCAGUGGGCUCGGCCCCCCGCACAAGACAUGCAAUAAGAGUGCUUAAGCUGCAUCCUUCUUCAAAGGGAAAAUUUAUUACAAUUGGCCCCUCUCUAUUUCUAAAAUUUUUUAGUGUAGCUCAAAAACUCAGGCAAUCAAAUGCAUAAAGCUGUGCACAAGUACACUCAAAACAAGAAGAAGAAACCUGUUGGAGUUUAUAGAGCAUAGAAGUUGAAUUUAUCAGGAGAGAGACUGAAAACUCAAUCAGUAUUUCAAAGGGAAAACCACCUAUUCCAAAAUUACUCAUGAAUAUAUGUACACUAUAAUAAUGAGACUAAAAGAAGCACCAAAUCCUAAAACUGAUGUGUAGAGCUGCAGAAGAUUUGGGCAAGGCUGAUGGGCUUCUUUCCGCAUAAUCUGUUUGCUGUACUUCCACGUGUACUUCAAAGCUUGUUUCAACUUCAGUAGUGUUCAAUGCAAUGUAUGGUGCAAUGCUUUUGCCCACUUCUGCAAUUCAGUCUUAUAGUAACAGUUUCUAGAUUAAUAACAUUGAAAAUCUCCAAUUUAGGAAAAGUGUGAAAGAGAAAACACAAGACUUAUAUUACUUACAAGACAAAUAUGACAGUCUGGUAAAAAUCCUCCCUGGGACACUGUUUUUGCAAAUCUCUUUAUAGUUUAGGCAAUCUGUUUGUUCUUAUAUAUACACCAACCCUGGAUUAAAUACUCUGCAUUUUCACAGCA